CUAAUGGUCUGUGCUAACAGCAUUGCCGACAUUUUAGCAAACCACCAGAGAUCACCGAUCAACUCGUCAUAGUGGAUCAAAGAUCAGAUUAAAUCCGUUUCGCAUUUUGAGUUAAACCGAGAAAGGGCAUCGAGAAUUGUCACUGUUUGCACGCCAGGGCUCUACACAGUGUAGCGGUGAAAUUAACGGUGAUAUGUGAAUAGACCGACCCGAUGCCCUCUGCGAUGAACGCCAACAGGACGGUGCAGGCAGCCAGCCCAGAUGUGGGAUCCUCUCCAGGUUUAUUGGGCUAUAAUGCAUUUGGCGGCCAGUCUGAAGUCCUGAAGCAAAUGCUGCUUGUUAUUGACAAGAAGGCCCGCAACAUGGAGAAGAAAAAGAGCAAACUGGAUGAUUAUCAAGUUCGAAAGGAUAAAGGCGAGCGUCUUAAUCAGGACCAGCUGGAGGCCCUCUCCAAAUACCAAGAAAUCACGAAUAACUUGGAAUUUGCCAGGGAGUUGCAGAAGACCUUCUUCACUCUUGGACAAGAUAUCCAGAAGGUAGUGAAGAAGUCUGCCCGACGGGAGCAGCUGCAGCGGGAGGAGGCAGAGCAGAGAAGACUGAAGACGGUUCUGGAGCUGCAGUUUCUCCUGGACAGACUGGGAGAGGAGUCAGUGCGGCAAGACCUGAAGCGGGGAGUCGGAGGCUCGGCCCUGCUCACGGAGGUGGACCUGAUGGCGUUUGAUGACUUCUACAAGCUGGUGGGGCCAGAUCGGGACCAAAAUAUCAGGUUGGCUGACCAGUAUGAGGCGGCAUCUGUGCACCUUUGGGACCUUCUGGAAGGCAAGGACAAGGCUGUGGUUGGAACAACGUAUAAAGCACUCAAGCAGAGGUUGGACCAGCUUUUGCUGAGUGGUUACUUCGAUCGGGCUCCACCGGGUUCUCACCAAAAUGGAGUGUGUGAGGAGCAACUGGAGGAGGAGGACGUGGUGAAAGAGGAAGCGGUGGUGGAAGUACCAGCAACUGAGGGAACAGCAACUGAAUCAUCGGAGGCAGAAGAGCAGCCCGUUGAUGCGGAAACUGAAGUCAUUGAAGAGUACGUAGAGCCCAUUGCAGUGGAAACAAAGGAGUUCGUAAACAGACAGUUCAUUCCAGAUCGCACGUUCAGCGGCAGUGUAAAGGAGCAAGGGGACGAGUGGACCACAGAAACGGAGGUGGUCGCUGCCAUGCAGCAGCAGCAACCCUUGCAGCCUGCCCCUCCUCCAGUUCCUCUGGAGACCCACCCAUUGAGCUUAGUGGCUCCCGUGCCGCCUACUGAUGCCAUGGUCAGGAAGCAGGUGGUGCAGGACCUCAUGGCACAGAUGCAGGGAACGUACAACUUCAUGCAGGACUCCAUGCUGGACUUUGACGGACAGCCCAUUGACCCCGCCAUUGUAUCAGCCCAGCCUAUGAAAUCGUCUCAAACCGUGGAGCUGCCACAGCUGGUGUGUCCUCCAGUUCAUCCAGAGUCACGGCUAUCACAUCCCAACACUGUUCCUGUCCAAACUGAACCCACACAUUUACCUAUUGUCUCCCCAACGCCAUCAGCCAUGUUUCAGACCUCCCACACGCCAGAUUCUCGGCCAACAGAACCAAUCGACCCCAUACAGACGUCCAUGUCCUUGCCCUCGGAGCAUUCUCCUCCUCCCACAUCUCUCCCACCCGCCUCCCAGACACAGGUUUUCCAGCCAGUUCCCAAAACUCCUCACAGCAGUGGCAUCAAUGUCAAUGCUGCACCAUUCCAGUCAAUGCAGACAGUAUUCAACCUCAAUGCGCCAGUCCCGCCUGCUGAGACCGAGGCUUUGAACCAGCCCAGCCAGUACCAGAACACCUUCAACCAGGCCUUCAGCGGCCAGACUCAGCAUCCUGUGGAUCCGACAGAGAUGCAGUCAGAACAACUGCAACCUGCAGUUGGUGCCUUCCACCCCCAAGACCAGUCAGGAGGCCAUCAACAGCCGUCACAGCCAGGCCCGGGCUUUGGCAGACAGACUCAGUCCUUCUAUAACAGCAGAGGAAUGUCACGUAGCGGACCUCGCAACGCCAGGGGCAUGAUCAGCGGCUACAGGGGCUCAUCGAAUGGCUUCAGAGGUGCUUACGACGGUUAUCGGCCUCCUUUUGCCAACACUCCCAAUUCUGGUUAUGGACAGAGUCAGUUCAACAGUCCGCGCGAUUAUUCAAAUGGAAAUUAUCAGAGGGAUGGCUACCAACAGAACUGCAAGCGUGGAGCUGGCCAGGGACCCAGAGGCGCAUCGAGAGGCAGCACUCAGGCAAUGAGAUCCUGAAAGGUCUCUCGUAUUGACUAACUGCACCACACUGAAAAUUCCACAUUCAAGAGUACAUUUACCCCAGCUCACUCUGCUCUCGCCGGUAUGUUUGAUAUUGGACACAUCCAUCACAUGAAUCUGGACACAAGCAAAGCUGUGAAUUGAAUCAGAUUUACAGAGGCCAUGUGUAAACGAUGUUCCUGGAAACUUGAAAGAGUUCAUAAGUUAUUUUUUGUAUUAAAAUGCACCUGUCACUGCUGGUCCAAUCCAUGGGAGUCGCGUCCCUUUCUCAGUUAAUAUUGUCAUUUUGGUUUUGGGAAAGAAAAACGUUUUAGACAAGCACCCUUGCCUUGUUUGUCAACUGAUGUUGCUUUAAGGGUUUCAAUAAAGUUGUGUUGCAUACCCCAA